AUGAGUGAAGGGGCGGCCGCUGCCUCUCCACCUGGUGCCGCUUCGGCAGCCGCCGCCUCAGCCGAGGAGGGCACCGCGGCGGCUGCGGCGGCGGCGGCGGCGGGCGGGGGCCCGGACGGCGGCGGCGAAGGGGCGGCCGAGCCCCCCCGGGAGUUACGCUGUAGCGACUGCAUCGUGUGGAACCGGCAGCAGACGUGGCUGUGCGUGGUGCCUCUGUUCAUCGGCUUCAUCGGCUUGGGGCUCAGCCUCAUGCUCCUCAAAUGGAUCGUGGUGGGCUCCGUCAAGGAGUACGUGCCCACCGACCUGGUGGACUCCAAGGGGAUGGGCCAGGACCCUUUCUUCCUUUCCAAGCCCAGCUCUUUCCCCAAGGCCAUGGAGACCACCACCACAACCACUUCAACCACGUCGCCCGCCACCCCCUCCGCCGCCGGCGCCGCCUCCUCCAGGACGCCCAACCGGAUUAGUACUCGCCUGACCACUAUCACGCGGGCACCCACUCGCUUUCCCGGGCACCGAGUGCCUAUCCGGGCCAGCCCGCGCUCCACCACAGCACGGAACACUGCGGUCCCCCCGACGGUCCUGUCCACCACCGUCCCUUUCUUCAGUAGCAGCACGCCGGGCUCCCGACCCCCAGUGCCAGGAACCCCCAGUACCCAGGCGAUGCCCUCCUGGCCCACUGCGGCAUAUGCUACCUCCUCCUACCUUCAUGAUUCUACUCCCUCCUGGACCCUGUCUCCCUUUCAGGAUGCUGCCGCCUCUUCUUCCUCCUCUUCCUCUUCCUCCUCCUUCUCCACCACCACUACACCAGAAACUAUCACCAGCCCCAAAUUUCAUACAACGACAUAUUCCACUGAGAGAUCUGAGCACUUCAAACCCUGCCGAGACAAGGACCUUGCAUACUGUCUCAAUGAUGGCGAGUGCUUUGUGAUCGAAACCCUGACAGGAUCUCAUAAACAUUGUCGGUGCAAAGAAGGCUACCAAGGAGUCCGUUGUGAUCAAUUUCUGCCGAAAACUGACUCCAUCUUAUCGGAUCCAACAGACCACUUGGGGAUUGAAUUCAUGGAGAGUGAAGAAGUUUAUCAAAGGCAGGUGCUGUCAAUUUCAUGUAUCAUCUUUGGAAUUGUCAUCGUGGGCAUGUUCUGUGCAGCAUUCUACUUCAAAAGCAAGAAACAAGCUAAACAAAUCCAAGAGCAGCUGAAGGAGUCACAAAAUGGUAAAAACUACAGUCUUAAAGCAUCCAGCACAAUGGCAAAAUCAGAGAGCUUGGUGAAAAGCCACGUCCAGUUGCAAAAUUAUUCAAAGGCGGAAAGGCAUCCUGUGACUGCGCUGGAGAAAAUGAUGGAGUCAAGUUUUGGCGCCCCCCAGUCAUUCCCUGAGGUUCCUUCUCCUGACAGAGGAAGCCAGUCUGUUAAACACCACAGGAGUCUCUCCUCUUGCUGUAGUCCAGGGCAAAGGAGUGGGAUGCUCCAUAGGAAUGCCUUCAGGAGGACACCCCCCUCACCCAGAAGUAGGCUGGGUGGAAUCGUGGGACCAGCAUAUCAGCAACUCGAAGAAUCAAGGAUCCCAGACAAGGAUACAAUACCUUGCCAAGGGAUAGAGGUCAGGAAGACUAUACCCCACCUGCCUAUACAGCUGUGGUGUGUUGAAAGACCCCUGGACUUAAAGUAUUCAUCCAAUGGUUUAAAAACCCAACAAAAUGCAUCAAUAAAUAUGCAACUGCCUUCAAGAGAAACAAACCCCUAUUUUAAUAGCUUGGAUCAAAAGGACCUGGUGGGAUAUUCAUCCACAAGGGCCAGUUCUGUGCCCAUCAUCCCUUCAGUGGGUCUAGAAGAGACCUGCAUGCAAAUGCCAGGGAUUUCUGAAGUCAAAAGCAUCAAAUGGUGCAAAAACUCUUAUUCUGCUGACAUCGUCAAUGUGAGUAUUCCAGUCAGCGAUUGUCUUUUAGCAGAACAACAAGAAGUGAAAAUAUUGCUAGAGACUGUCCAGGAACAAAUCCGAAUUCUGACUGAUGCCAGACGGUCAGAAGACUACGAACUGGCCAGCGUAGAGACCGAGGAUAGUGCGAGCGAAAACACAGCCUUUCUCCCCCUGAGUCCCACGGCCAAAUCAGAACGCGAGCCACAAUUUGUCUUAAGAAAUGAAACACAAAGAGACUCCACAUUGACCAAGUGACUCGAAAUGUAGGAAUCUGUGCAUUCUAUGCUUUGCUCAACAGGAAAGAGAGGAAAUUAAAUACAAAUUAUUUAUAUGCAUUAAUUUAAGAGCAUCUACUUAGAAGAAACCAAAUAGUCUAUCGCCCUCAUAUCAUAGUGUUUUUUAACAAAAUAUUUUUUUAAAGGGAAAGAAAUGUUUCAGGAGGGAUAAAGCUUACCACUAAAGCUUUUGGGUAGAAUUCUGAAUCCAAUUUCAGUUAGUCCUAACAGUGUUCUCUUUGGCUUUUAGAAAAUGUGGGCAAUUCAGACCCUCAGUCCACAGUGCCAGUGUCCUCAAGGAAAAAAAAAAAAAAAAAACACUGGUAAUUAACCUGGUUUCAAAGAGACAAGCUGUAUCCUGAGGGUGGAUGUGCCCAUGAGCAGGUGGCCCUUGCCAUUUGGCUUGCCAGUUACAACCCCUAAAUUUCCAUUCACCGAUCACCUUCAUCACAGGUUAUGUCACAUCAAGCCACAUAGUGUUUUGUAUUUGAUUUGCUGAAGAAUGGCACGAAGACAGGUGAUGGAGGGAGUAAUUGGGGCAAUCUUAGCUACUCUCAUGUGCCAUCCUCCCCUGAAAUUUGAAAACACUCAGAGGGAGGUAUGAAAUUAUUAGAGACAAAAAAAGAAGAAGUCACAAUGUCGUGUCACUGAAAUCAUGCUAAUAGAAAUGUUUUUCUUGGAGAUUGUUUAGAAGCUCUGAAAGAGCAUUUCUGUGUGUGUGUGCGCGUGCCUGUGUGUGAGCGAGCGUGUGAGGUGUGGGCUUGCUCCCUCCAGCACAUAUGCUGUGUGCACAUGUUCAUCGUGCAUAUGUGUGUGCAUGUGUGUGUGUGUAUUAAGCUUGCUAAAAAUUUGUUCUAAAACAUCAGGGAAUCUAAUCUUCAGAAAAAAAUUCCCUCUUAGAUCUGUUCACUUGAAAGUUAUUCAUUAAAUAUACAGUUCAAUUAGUGAGUUCUUAAAUCAAGAUCACUUGCAUGGUGGGGUCCUAUAAACUCUCGACAAUGUCUAGACCAUUUUCUGAUGUGAAUACUUUUGAAAGGAGCAACUAUUGGCUUAUUGAGAAUAUCAGUAUCACAAAGUGAUUAAUGGAGGAUGUGUGUUUAUUUUGAAUCAUACCUCAAUUAUUUACACAAGCCAAUUAUCCAAUUGACAGCUACCAUUUUUGUUCUCUUCAUCCUCAUUGCUAUUGAUUUCAUAGCAAGUCUACUAUGUGUGGACCAACUCAUUGGCUUCAGUGGUUAAUAUGGAAAGAAUAAAUCGCUGAAAUUACAAAGCCCAGACUAUUCAGUUCACAAAAAGCCCCCAAAAGAACAGGAAAUUGUGUUGUAUGUUUAUUUGGAAUAAAGCAAUAUUUUUACCACUGCUAAGGUGAACUGAAACCUCUCCUGAAGAUUUGUCUGUUUUAUUUUCCCUUACUUUCAUGGGGCAUUCAAAGAAAUUAGUGUUCACAUAUCCAGUCUUUUUCCAAUUAUUGGUGGUGUUGAGUUGUUAUGUUUACACUGUUUUAAAUAAAAAGGCACAGUAUUUGAAAGUAUAUAAAAGAUUUCUUUUACUGCAGUUUGGGAAAACCUGGGUUAAAAUUUCUUUGUGGAUAAAUCACAUUCCAUGGAAAGGCAGAUGUAACUACCUGUGAAUUGAUUAGUGAAAAUAUACAAUUCGUGUUUCAGGUUAAAUUGUUUCUGUUGAAAAUACAUUGCAAAUUGCUCUUUGUGAACAUUCGUUAAUAACAGACAUAAAGCCAUCUAGGCAAAAUAACACUUUUUUUUUUUUAAAUCAAAACUGCUUAGCAGAAAGUCAAGGUCUCAAAUGUUGAAAACACUUUGGUAGAAACACACUUUAACGAAAGGUCAUGUGUCUUUUAUUAGUUGUCCCAUUAAAGUUUUGUUGUUUUGAAAAUAGAGGUAAUGUCAGAAUUUUUAAAAAUCAAAAAUUUUUAAAGUCUAGAUCACUGACGUUGUCAUUUAAAAAUACUUUGGAAAAUUUUAGGAAGAGACCUUAUAGGUUUAUAGAAUAUCCAAUAUGUUAUUAUGUUGAAAUUUAACACAGUUAUCAAAUGGACUGGAAGGCCUCACAAGUCUGAAGACAUUAACCUUGUUCUUGGUUUUUGUUUUAUUCUUCUGAAAUAUUCUCUUGCUUAUCCAAAGGAUCAAUUCAGAAUUCACCUAAUCAGUAGGGUAGGUAUGUACUCUAUGACGCAAUGAAGUUAUUAUUUACACUGGGAAAAAAUUAAUAUUGUCAGUAAGACUUAAGUCUUGUUCUAAUAUCUUAUUUUACAAAAUGAAGUAGAACCAUAUACUCUGUGAUUAUAACAUAACCCACUUCCUUGUGCAUUCUAAGGAGCAUGAGUAUCAGAUAGUCCACUGGCAGUAUGAUGUAAAGUUUAGAAGUAUAGUAACUGCCUAGAAUAGUCUAGACAAAUCUUCCAUAAAACCACGGAUAUUAAUGAUUACUUCUGGUUCUCAUUUGUCUCCUUUGGGAAUAUGAAGCUCCUGUGCAAAGUGUCCACGUCUAGAUAUGCACAUCUUUGAGCAUCAGUUGACAAGUAGUGAUAACAUCAGACUUUGAAAGUCAAUCUAACAUGGCAUAUACUUGGAGGCAUGAGUACUUUGUCCUUUCAAGCUCAUGUGCCUACAGAGAAGUGCUUAUUUCUACAAGAGACUUGAUUUUUGCUUCAUUUUCCUUGCCUUUAUUAUGUGAAUAGAUAUUUGGAAAUUUGUAAUUAAAUAGGCUGUAUAUUCAUAACUGGUGAUUGUCACCAUUUUUUACUUUGAACCAUUUUCUGAUGUCUUUUUUUUUUAUAAAGCUUCUAUUACUCUAAAUUGCCAGUGACUAUUGUAGAAUGCUGUUGUUCAAAAUAUGACCAAUUUUGUGCUAAUAAGAAAUACUAGAAAUGGUGUUGGAAAAUUAUAAAUUUUUCUUCCCAAUUAUCUAUGAACACUAAAUAUUCCAUAUUUCACACUCUGAUCCAAUAUCUACCUUGCUAUAGGUUAAAGACUAAAUGCUUGUCAAUUUACCACAUCUCCAAUGAUAUACAUUAGGUUAAGUAGCAAUAGCAAGGGUUUCUGAAGAGUGCUGCCUAUAUAGAAAUUCAAAAUUAAUCUGUUUUGAUCAUGACAACACAUCAGACCUACCAAAAAGAGAACGGAAGGGCAAGUCUUCAAAAUGCCCAUUGGCUUCUGGAAUGAAUGGCAGCUACAACUUGACAGGCACUGGCAAGCAUGGGUAAGGCUUCCAGUAACCAGGUCUCCACCAGGAUGUGUUUGAUGUAUGCAGCCAUCAUUCAACAGCUAUCCUGCCAUAUGGUGCUAUAAGGAUACCAUUACUCCCUAAGUGUAUGUGUGCGUGGUGGGGGUAGUGAUCCCUUUGAUUCCAGCCCUGUAAACCUGAGAUAAGUGCUAUGAAAUAUUUCUCAACGAGAAUGUAGUAUACCUAGGAACACAGCAGGAGGGGUGGGAUUUUUAUUUGAUCUUUUGGUAUCUGGGAAACAUUUUAUAUAUAAAGAAUACUUUUUUAUUAUUAUUCAAUUGUAUAAAUUCAGUACAGUGUUUUCAAUGAAUAGCACGUCUACACUGUGUUUGUACUCUCAUCUCCAGAAAUUCAGGCAAGAUCAGCACAAGGUUUCUGGGCUGUUCUCAAUUUUAAAUGCAUCUCAAUAUGCCCUGGAAAAUGAAGCCUUUAAACAAGCUUUAUCUCUUCCAUUUCUUUCUUUCCCUUUUAAAGAAAUACUGAGGGUAAAGGAAGAAAUUCUUUCCUUAAGAUCUACAUGAUUCUCUUAAUAAUGUGUUUCCUACUGUGACCACACACACAACACAUAUCUGUAUAUUAGAGUGCUUAAUUACUUUGGUAGCUUUAUCUCUUGCUUAAUUUGGCAAACUGAUUGCCUCACAGAAUGCCAAUGAAAUCAAAGCAUUUAGCAAUCAGACAACUUGGCAAUAUUUUGAUCACACAGGCAUUUUUCAUUUCCUUCUCUUUCUUAUACAAGCAAAAAUACCCCUGGGUUGGAAAAUUCACAAGACUUUAGAAUAAAAAUCUCUGCUAGAUUCUCUCAGAAAUGAAAAAAGUGAAAAUUAAAUGACAGGUGUAAGUGAUUGCUCUCUCUACAGUGUCUAAUGGUCUCAUGUAUUUUUUUGUUUAAACAAAAUUAACCAUAACUUCUCCUCACGAUGCCUACACAGCUGUCUUUGACUUCUGGUGCCCACUGAACUCUAGUAAGGACAGAGCAUGUGUGGGGGCAAGGAGGGAGUACCAAGUGUCAAUCUUAGGCAUCUCAGCAAAAACAGCAGGGUGCCCAGAUACCAUCUUGAUGAAAUAGAGAGCGGCUUCUAGUACUUUGAUGUUUGUCAUGAAUACCUGUAUUGAUUGCACGUGUAUUGUUGCCUAUGAAAGAACUGUGUGAUAAGAAACAACCUCUUAUUGUUGAAAAUGAAUUAGAAAAUCUUUAUAUUGAAAGUUGUCUUUGUGAAAGCUUCUAACUUAUCUAUAUAUAAGAGAAACUUCAUGACCUUCUCUGUCAAAUAAGGUGGAUGAUCUAGUGGAUAAUUCAUCUUUGAUUUCCCUUCCAAAUUGAAUACCCUGUUAUCCAGCCUUUCUAACCCAGACUUUACUCGCCAACUUGCCAAUCAUUUCAACACAACCCUUUAAAAGAUUAAUGGCUAUUAAGUCUAUCUCACUGAGCCUCAGAAAUAGCUGGAUACUGUAUAUCAAUCUAUAGCAAAAACUGAAAGUUUUCUUGGUACACUGAAAUUCCAUGGAGAAAUAUAUGGGAUUGUUUUGUGGUUAUUGUUAAGGUAAAUGUACCUCAGAUGGGUAAUAAAGAAGGUAUGGCUAAGAAAAAUAUCCAAUUCCAAAGCUUGAGGAUAUAAGGUCAAUUGCCUCAGGUUUUUUUUUUUUCUUUCAAGAGACAAUGUUUAUCAAAGACAGAGCAAGGGGCUCUCCAAAGAAGGCAUGAGACCUUGAAGAUGUUCUCUGUUCAUAGAAGCAGUACAUAGAUUCUCAUGAACAAAUAAAACAUUUAUUAUUGAUAUUCUGAAAUAUUUGCAUCAUAAACUUUUUAAAAACACUUUCCAAAUAUUAAUGAAUAAUUUGUCUGGGGACACUUUCCCAUUUAUGAUUGAAAGUAAUCCUCAUUUGGGGGGCAAAACAGACCAAAAAAAUGCAGGGUUUACUUGUUAAUAUAAUUUUGAUUGUAAUUGUUGUUUUUGACAGAUCAAUAUGCUCUUUCAGUAUCAUCCUGACAAGCACUGAUUCUUCCAUAUAUAAUUUGUCUUGGUCAAGAUCCCAAAGUCUGAAUUUUUUCUUAGUCUUCAAUAAAACAAUGUGAAAUGUUAAAAUACUUGAAUCAAAGCCAGUAAAUUUCAGUUGUGUGUGUUUCUAAAUUAUAAGGAUUCUAUCUAGUAAUGUGAAAAUGCAAAUUAAGGGGGCAUACACUUUAUAUUGUUUUUAAUGUACUUAGAGGUUCUGAUGAACCACUAAUGCAGCAUGCUACUCUCUAUGUUGAUGCCAUAUUUUUGGAAAUAAGGGCUUAAAAAUUACACAUAGUACAUAGCACCCAAUGUAUGGUAAAUGUAAUGACACAGGAGGCCUUGGAUUCAGGUGUAUUUCAUAGGAAAUGCGUAUAGCAAGAAAGUACAGUGGUUAAGGCUUAUCUUUCACAACCUGAUUUUGAGUUCUAUUUUUAAUCAAUGUCUGGAGAAUAAAUAAUUGUAUUUAAAAUGAAAACAAGUGGGAGAACAUAAAACCUCACCUUAAAAAUCAUUACACCCAUUGGUCAGUGGCCACUGUGCAUAGUUUACCUAGAAGGAUAUCCCUCAAAUCACUUAUUUUUCUAAUAUGCAAUUGUACACAUUGCGUACAAAUGAAUUAUCUAAUUCUAAUAUACUUUUAAUCAUAUUCUAAAUCAAGAAUGUAACACAAAGAAUAUACAAAAUGAUCAGUAGAAAAUUUUCAGAUAAUCAUUUUUAACAAAUUUACUGAGAAAAAGCUUCUGCUUCUGAUGAAAAUUUUGUUUCAAAAAAUGUACUGGAUCAUCUUCUAAAGCAAUUUCAAAAUGGCAGCCACUACUCUGUAGGGAUAUGAAGGCUAUGGGAAAUAAACUACAUGCAUGUCCCAUUAUAUCCUAAAUAAUCUGUGCUUUGAUAAAAAAAAAAAUCGUUUCCAGCAAUGUAUGUGCAUCUCCUUUAUCUUCUUCCAAGAAUACAUUUCAAAAUAGUGGACACCACUCUGUAGGGAAUGAAGGCUAUGGGAACUAUAUUUACAUGUAUGAUUUCCUUCCAUUAUACCUGGAAUGUUUGAAGAGAUGUGCACUUAAUUCAUUUGCAUCUUGACUUCAUCAGGUAAGUUUCCAUCUAUGAAGCCAAACCUGGACUACCAUUUCCCUAUUGCAUCUCCUCAGUAGCUUUUGUUGGAGUUGGACAUUCAGAUUCUUUUAGGUUGUGUUCUUAUUGCACAUAACUCUUAUUCCCUUUUAUUAAAUGGAAUUCUCAGCUAGAAUGAGAGACCAAUGUCAUUUUUUUUGGGGGGGUAGCUUUGCUCAUUUUAGUUGUGUUGGUGGAGGGAUCAAGGAACCUUUCAAAUGUAAAUGAUAAUAAGGUUCAUGACUGCAGCCAAUAUCAUCUUAUAAACAGACAUCGCCUAGGGCCUGCUAAUUUUCCUUAUGUUAUUGACAGACUUUUCAACCUUCUUGAAAUUGUUUCUAACCACAGUAAUUUCCAUUUUGUAAGAGAGGAAAAAUCACCCAAUUAUGUAAGAGAACAAAGCCAAAUUAUAGUUCUUUAAAUAAUAAAUUAACAAGUAUUAUUAUUUUUUAAGUCUUCAAGUAAAAUAUUAACUUCUUUUUAAAAAAAUCAAAUAAAAGCUAAGGUUACCAAUAUAAGAAAAUAUCAGGCAAAUAGUUUGCAUAAUUCUUUUCAUAUAUCUUCUCUGUAAAUUAGGUUCUUCUUUCAACAUAUCAUUUUCAUAGAAUUAUCUGCUGGGUAUUAAUUUUGCCUAUUGAACCCACACAUUAGUGUCUGCUUUUGCCAUCUUCUCCAACUUGAUACAAGUUUAUGAAAAUCUGUAUUUAGUAUGGAAAAAACUUGUGAAAAGAAUUAUUAACUUCUGGUUUUCUCAUUGACAAUUUUCAUUAAAUAUUUUACAUUAAGCUAAACACAGAAGAAACUAUUGAGUCAAUUAUGGAAACAGAUGCAAUCAUAUUCUUCAAAUGUUUGACACACAGACAAAAGAACUUACCAUUUUUCUCAGAUCCAAAUCCAAGAAAGGAUUUGUUCAAAAAGGGGUAUAUGAGCUUAUUCAAUAAAUUCCAGCUUUACUGUGACUCCUGUCUCCUCUGGAAAUGAAGACACAGAGCCAGGUACAGUGGUGUACACCUAUAAUCCCAGCUAUUUGAGAGGCUAAAGUCAGAGGAUUCCAAGUUUGAGGCCAGCCUGGGCAACUUAGAAAGACCUUGUCUAAAAUAAAAAGAGCUAUGGAUAUAACUCAGUGGUAGAACACCCCUGAGUUUAAUGCCCAGUACAAAACAAACAAUGAAAAAAGAAAUUCAGGUAGAUAAAAGCAGAAAAAUCAUUCUUUAUAUCUAAUUUCAAAAUUAAUGGUUUUGAAGUGUGAAAAUUUAUCAUCCAUUGAUUAAAUUAUGCUAAAACCAUAAGAAAUUGUCUUUGCAUAUUUUCUUCUAGUUUCCACAAGUGCAUUUUUUCUUCACAUUUUUUAUUGGUGCAUUAUAUUUUACAUUCCUACAAUAUAACAAAUUUGGUCAACAUCCUCCCCAGCAAGACCCGUUAACUCCUACUCCAGUUUGUCAUCUCUUUAUUCUACUGAUUUUCCUUUGCUUUGCUUUUCAUGUGACCACCUCCCACUUUUAUAUUUUAUGUUUAUGGAACCAGGGUAGGUAUCCAUCAACAGAUGAAUGGAUAAAGAAAAUGUAGUGUACAUACUCAAUGGAGUUUUAUUUGACCAUAAAGAAAAAUGAAAUUAAGUCAUUUGCAGGAAAAUAGAGGGAACUUUACACCAUUAUGUUAAGCAAAAUAAGCCAAACUCAGAAGGUCAAGGGUAAUAUGUUUUCUCUCAUCUAUGUGAAUAUUUUACAUAUUUUCAUUCUAUUUUGUGUUAUGAUUUUUAAUACAUACUAUCCCAUG